UUCUUACCAGUAGUGAUCAUCAUGGCAUUUCUCAGAUAAAACAACAUCUUUGCCAUCACUUUCAGACAAAAGACCUUGGUAAACUUAAAUAUUUCUUGGGGAUUGAGGUAGCGCAAUCUACAAAUGGAAUUGUAAUAUCUCAAAGAAAGUAUGCAUUGGAUAUUUUAGAGGAAACUGGGCUAAUGAAUUCCAAGCCCGUUGAUACACCUAUGGAUCCUAAUGCUAAACUUCUACCAAGUCAGGGGGAGCCUUUCUCAGAUCCUGAGAGGUACAGAAGACUGGUUGGGAAAUUGAAUUAUCUCACGGUAACUCGUCCUGACAUCUCUUUUGCGGUUAGUGUGGUGAGUCAAUUUCUCAAUUCUCCAUGUGCAGGACAUUGGAAUGCAGUCAUCCGCAUUCUGAAGUAUAUCAAAGGUGCUCCAGGAAAAGGUUUAUUAUAUGGCUACAACAAUCAUACCCAAGUUGUGGGAUACUCAGAUGCAGAUUGGGCAGGCUCUCCCUCUGACAGGAGAUCCACCUCAGGUUAUUGUGUCUUUAUCGGUGAUAACUUGAUUUCCUGGAAAAGUAAGAAGCAGAAUGUAGUGGCAAGAUCUAGUGCAGAAGCAGAAUAUCGUGCUAUGGCCUCUGCUACGUGUGAGCUUAUUUGGCUCAAACAGUUGCUUAAAGAACUGAGAUUUGGCGAAGUUACACAGAUGACUCUCAUAUGUGAUAACCAAGCUGCCCUGCAUAUUGCCUCAAAUCCAGUAUUUCACGAGAGGACCAAACACAUUGAAAUAGAUUGUCACUUCAUUCGUGAGAAGAUUUUAUCUGGGGACAUUACUACUCAGUUUGUUAACUCUACUGAUCAGUUGGCAGAUGUCUUCACCAAAUCAUUACGGGGUCCUAGGAUUGAUUAUAUUUGUAACAAGCUUGGUGCAUAUGAUCUAUAUACACCAGCUUGAGGGGGAGUGUUA